CUAAAUUUGGACAAAACAAAACUUAUCCUACAGGUGCCACUUUGAUUGGGGAAUGACUAAGUUGUCGUUGCGUCAUGUUGAAAAGAUAUAACUAAUCAUUUAACGACAACAGAGAAAAAGCAAGUGAAUUCUUAGUCGCAAUUUAAAUGCAUCUACAAAAUAAAUACAUGUACAAAACAAACGAUCGUUCUUAGCUCUUACAUGAGCUCUUACAUGACGCUUUUGAUAAAAUAAGCACAAUAUGAAGCCUUACAUCACGCUUUAUCCAAAAUAAAAAAUGUCAACAUAGUUAUAGUUAAUAUAUUAUAUAUAGUACUUUUGGAUUAAUUUGAUUUUAUACUACAUUACAUGGAAGAUCUAGAAAGAAUGAUUUGUUGAAAAAUAUAAUGUAUAUACAAUGUUUAUAUUUUUGGUACGUGGUAAGUGAUCACAUGCCAAAUGUGAUAGUUUGACAAGGUUUAUCAUCAGUAAUCAUUGAUUGACGAACCCUUUUGAUCCAUGGAAAUUUUAUCAUCAAAAACAACAAAGACAAGCCAAAGAACUACACCUGCGUCACUACUUAAGCAUCUCGAAGCACUUUCCGAGGUAUGUCCAGAACGAGUCAGAUGGUUUUUUGAAAAUAAAAAAUGGUCGCCGUUUUGUGGUCGCGAUUCUCUUCGCAUUGAACACUGUUUUCGACGUUUGCCGAUGCAGAAAAAUGACAAAAAAAUGUUACCAGAUGUUUAUGAAUUGUGUUCUGUUUUGGGUGGUUUAUACGAUGCUGAUGUCGUCAAACGUAUUUGCGAGCCAGUAUAUUGGAAAGGUGAUCCUUUGAAAAUAUGCCGAGGAACAUGGUUCAAAGGCUCUAUUUCUGAGACAAAAUGGACUCCAAUUAGUGAAGAGGAAAGCCUUAAAAUUGAAGAUUCCCAUCAAAUGUUGUGGAAAUCAAUUGGAAUAACACCUGGCAUGCACAAAGUGAAUGAAAACAAAGAACCUACAACCACUAUAAAUCCAGAAAUCAAAAGUGUUUUAUGCAGGCUUCAACUAUCAGGAUGCUACAUUGAGUGGACAGACUUAAAUGAAGUAUGGUUACACAGUGAAGGCGUAAAGUCUACACUAAUUCGUGGAGUGGUACAAAAGAUAGGGGGCUCAACUGGGGAACCACUGCAUCGUGGCUAUCAUACUAAGUGUGUUGAAACUGAUGCUCCUGCUGAUGUUACGCAUCUUAUCUUCGUAAUACAUGGUGCUGGUCAACUUGUAUUUAAUUCAAUAAAUAAAAGUUGUCAGGUGUUGCGCAGAACAUCAAAAACGAUUGCUGAAAAGUAUUUCAAUGAAAAGAAUAGCAAAGGUCGUGUUGAGUUUGUUCCGGUAGAGUGGCGUUCCUCGCUCAAGUUAGACGGAGGAGUUAUCAAUCUUGUCACUCCUCAUAGUAUGAGAGAUCUGCGCAACGUCCUCAAUACCACCAUGAUGGAUGUGAUGUAUUACAGCAGCUCAGUUUAUCGUGAAGAGAUGAUCUUGUUCGUGAAAGACGAGCUCAACCGUCUGUACAAACUGUUCCUCUCACGCCAACCGAGCUUUCGUGUAAAUGGAAAGGUGUCCAUUAUUGCUCACUCUCUAGGAAGUGUCAUUGUCCACGAUAUUCUUAGGGAAUGGGAAUCAAAACUAUGUAACUUCAAAACGUAUCCUCAAAACAGCUUGAAUACGGUUUAUCCCCACUGUUCAUCGGAAUUGAACGACGGCUUGUUGUCACACUAUAAAACAGACAAUCCAAUUGAUGAUGAGCUAGCACAAACGAUGCAGCAAAAUGAGAACACCAACGAAUCAUUGCAAUUUAAAGUAACAUACCUCUUCAUGAUUGGCUCACCGUUAGCAGUAUUUUUUUCUUUACGUGGUUUUCGUCCCAGCAAAGAUACUAAAAAUGAAGUAUUGCCACAUAUUGUCUGCGGGAGAUGGUUCAAUAUUUACGACCAAUGCGAUCCAGUGGCAUAUCGAUUAGAGCCGUUGUUUUGUGAACGCUAUUCAAAUAUUGAACCUGUCCAUAUAAAAAGUCACAUUGAUGCCAACUACUCGUAUGAUAGCCCAGAAGGACCCCUGCUGCCUGACAAAAGCUUGGCCUCGGGAAAUUGGCUUGUGUAUGCGCUAUUUGGCAGCUACGUUGGUGGAGAUAACCAGGGUGGCGCAAGAGACGCCGAAGACACUGACUUCGUUGAUUCUGAUGCGAAGGCAGUCACAGAAGCCUCAAAAAGUGGAUGGUUUUCAAGCAUAUUUUCACGAAAUAAAACCAAUGAUAAAAAUUCUCCCAAUAAAGACCUACUAGAUGGAAAAGAUGAUAAUACUGCAUCAAAAAAACUAAAAAAAGUUUUGCCAAGGAUUGACUUCAUUUUGAGCGAUAACAAAUCUCAAUAUUGGUCAGUGGUCACCUCUCAUUAUUCUUAUUGGCAGUCAACAGAUUUUUGUCGAUUUGUCCUUCACCAUGUAUAUUUUGAAGAUGAAACAGAACACUCAUGAUGUAUAAUCCAGUAAAAUAUCCACAGUAAUGAUAUAUAUUGUAGAGCCUUUUAUCGAAAAUUAAUUUGCCUAGUUUUUCUUGCUAUGAUUUCUCAAAGUAUAUGUUGCUGUUCAUGAUGUAACUGCAGUUGUAGUUGUAACUGAAUUUGCAUGAUCUGAAGUUUUACUUGUUUGCUGCUGUUGUGUAUGCUGAGUUGGAGUAAGAACAAGUGUCUAAUUUGAGUCCAUUUUGUACCAGAAUUGAUGGUAUAGUAUAAUAUGGAAAAAUAGCUAUACAUGAUGGUAGAGUACGGUAUCACUAAAUAGCAAUACUUUAUUGUAGAGUACAAUAGGUUUGACAAAGUAUAUACAUUUGAUACUAGAGGGUAAAUGUAACACUUAAUGACAAGGAUGAUACUCUUGAUGAUAAAGUACAUUAUGACAACUUGGCUACGCUUGAUGUUAAAGAGCAGAGUAAUGAUAUUUUUGUCAGUAGAGAAGCAUUUAGGUCAUACCUUUAGCCAGUGAAGAUGCAACUGUUGACCAUCAUAAGCAUUCUUUGCUUCUGGUUCACAAAUAGCUCAAGAUCUUUACACUUAUUCUCACUUAACAUACCUAUGAGAAAAAUGAUUGCAAUAAAUUAAGAUGACGAUUCAAA